AGGGGAGGACUGCUAGGGGUUUUGGGACAUUUCGUUUUAGUGCUUGCCCUAAGAAAGGGGUCCUCAAAGUGAUUUGGCGAUUUUCUGACACAGUUUGAAAAGUGCACACAGCUUUUUUUUCCUGCGGUACUCCGUGAGGGGAAGAAAAAAGACCCAACAAAGGCUCACCACAAUGGUUUGGUGCAACAGGAGUGCGUUGCAUUUUUGCAGGCGCGGUUCAGGGGCGGUUUCCGUGUGUGCGGCUGUUCUUUUCUCGGGCCUGACCUCCGUGUCCGCGAAGCAGGUUCAUCUCCGGGGUCCGGUCCAGCAAGGAAGCGCGGAGGGAGCCGAUGCCAGUGCCGCGGAAACGGGGGCAAGCGUGGCCGGGCAGACGGACAAAACGGUUGGAGAUGCGGGUAUAGAAAAUUAUGAUUGUUCCAGUACUGCGGAGGUGUGAGUAUCUUCAGUGUAGUGCACGAUCUGCAUUUUUCCGUGGCAGCACUAGCUCAUCUGUCCCCGGAGUGAAAUCCUAACAUUGCGUCAAAAAAUUCAUUGCGUCAAACCCAAAUUGCAAGAUAUCAUUUCGCUGUUGGCCACCAGCCACAAAAACCCCACGUCAUCCGCUUUACAACACGGAGAAAAUCGUGAUGUGCUGACGGAAAAUCUCGAUGGGGAAAAGGGAGCUGUGGUGACUGACGAGGAAGGGGAAUUCAGUCCGGAAGGUGGACCGCAGGAGAUGCAGGAAGUAGUGGGAACGGCUGACGAUGGUAUUUUGAUGUGAAAUCCGUUUCGUUCGUGCAUCAAGCAAAACAGCACUCCGUUUCUUUUCAACAAAAAUCCGCCCCCGCAUUAAAAUCAGAAACUUCGAGGUUUCACCCACUUGCAUUACCAAUCGCAAGAAACAGAAAGAAACCCACCAUAUUCCAGAUGCUACCACCAGCAAACGCACGGACGAAAACCUCGUUUCCGCUUUGCAGAAAAACACGAUGAAAACGUCGACAACUACCAGCGCAAACGCAGCACCCGCAUCCGACGCGGUGGCAACAAGUGGGGACGAAGCUACUGCUGAUCCCCGAGAUGGAACCAUCGACGCACCGAGCGCUUCGCCACCGGGGGAACUCUUGCAGGGAAACGUCACUUCCUCGAUGCCGAUCCAGCGCAAGUACUCGGAAGCGGAGUUUGAAGCCGAUCUGUUGGGGUUCCACAACAGCACGAAUCCCGAGGAGCGGACGCAGUUGUUGGCGAAAAUCAGCUAUCCCGUGCAGAAGUAUCGCACUAGAAUAGAUGGUAACUUUGCAUGGAAAAAACCACCUUUAUGCGGCCCAAUUUUGCACCAUACUGUUUACUCGGACACAUUUUUUUCUUUUGUAAGUGCGGUAGUUGUGCAAUGCAUAUCAGCAUGAAGUACAACCUUCCGAGCAAUCUGGUGAUCAUGUACGCGCAGGGCUUGGCGGACGGCAUGACCCUGCGGUCCUUGCAGCAAGCCAGUGAAAGCGGCGUCGAGGGGCGGUUUGUCGAGCUGGACUUGAACGCCGACGGCGUGUUGGCCGGAGAGGACGAGACGGUAUCAAAGAGAUGAAGGGUCCAUCACCUCUAUUUACCUUGGCAGUGUUAUCUACUUUUGCAUUUUCCUGAAUUGAAUUUGCAUCGCAGAUCUCGCGCUCCGGUAUCGUGCUAUCAGUUGCGUUACUGAGUUACGUGCGAAACGGAGCAUGAUGUGGUUUUUGAUGGCUGCAGCGGCAGCAAAGUAAAAACCGCAAGGGUCAGAACAGGUGCGGACACUCUUUCCUCGCGAUAGACAAGGAAUGUUCCGAUGAAGGAUGUGGACACGUCGGAAGACGGGAAACUGCAGUACCCGGAGGUGGUGCGGUACUGCGGGGGUGCUGGGGAAGCGAAGACAGUGGCGUUUUUACAAAUGUCUCCAUCCCCUGGGCAAAUCGCGACUAGUGGUCCCACGGGCGGAGGCCCGAAUACUGCGGGCGUGUGCCGUCGAUACGAAAGAGACGACGAACUAACCGUAACUCAUCUUCAGUCGAGAUCAAACACAAACAUGAAUUUAGCUAUUCGUGUUCCCGGUGUUCCUCGUCCACAUUUCGUGCGUGCACAAAUUCAAAAAACUCAAACCAUGCGAGAUCUGCCCGUUCUCUGGAAGGUCGUACAGGAAGAAUCAUAGAAGGGGCUUCGAAUCCCGCAGUUCAGAAGCGGCCCGCUCCGGCGGGCUCAGGUGUCCGGCCUCGCUCAUCCAGCGAAGAGGAUGCCUUCCGAGGUUUUUUUCUCUUCUGCCCGCUGCCACAUGAGCUACGCAGGCGCAGCUGCCCAGCCGCUCACACGGUAGGGACGCGUGUGACUGCCUGCGAGGCGGCGCGCUAGCCCCCUGACUCGACGAGGCGAUCUUUUCGGCCUGGACAAGUGCGCGUAGCGCCGCAGACUCUCGGUCACCCAGCGGACCUCUCCAGGGGGCUCGCGGACGGGACCGCGCUAGCAGAGGCGUCCUGCCUCUCGUGCCAAUACGUAGAUGUUAGGUGUCGUAACAGUGACGCGCACGACGAAAAAUGUAGCUGCCCUCAAGGGUGUUCUCGGACCUUGAUCCCACACUUUAGUAAGGGAGUUACGGCGAAGUUCAAGGCUAUUCAUUGGCGACCCGGGGAAGCCGCGUAGGCGAUGUAAUAAUUUCACACCUAGCUGAUACUUUCAACCCAGAAGCAGCGGCACGGGAGAGAUAUCGUAGCGAAAAAUGUCCCAGCUCCCGCCUUCGGACAAGAAGACUGAAUAUUUGCUUGCCUCUGUUGCCCGAGUCACUACCUUGAGUGACCUUGCAAAAAAAAGGCCAAGCCUUGCACUGGCGCGGCAGACGGUUUUCUUCUCUAUGGCCGAAAGAUAAAAUGCCCAGAUUUCGUAUGUACAUUUCGUGAGGUCACGAGCGUUCUAAUAAAUCUAGCGGUUUUGUUGGCCGACAGCCAGCAAAAUGGCCGGAAGGGUUUUUACACGUAGAAAAGUCGUAGUUCUUACGUGGGUCUGGGUUACCUGGCACCGACCGAAUCGACCGCGGAAAGUACGGCUCACCGUUUGGAAAAACGAGACAGCUGAGCCGGCAAAUGCGGCGCCCUUCUGUUGAGGCGCCCGCCGCGUUAGAUUCUGCCGACUCGGGGCGGCCAAAAAAGGACGACAAAAAAAUUGCGACGGGGGAAAUACAGCGCGCCCGCAUGGUCCGGGCCUCAUUUUCGUCAAGAGCCGGAGGCCAAAAAAGCCGCGAAGCAGGCCGGCCACUUUCAAUGCGGGGGCAAGCCAAAAGGCGAGACCGUUCAACAGAACAACAAAAGACCAAAAAAAGCUGGCCCCGCCGAAAGCUAAAAGCCACGCCGCUUGCUACGGGGGGGGGCCCGAUUUGGGACGCCCAAGGGGCCGGCCCAGGCAGAGGCCCAGGCAGAGGCCCAGGCAGAGGCCCAGGCAGGGUCAUAGCACGCGAGGAAGGCUUUGUGUUUCGGGCCGUAAUGGAUGGCGACUUUGGGCCGCGACUUGUUUCGGCCGCCCUUCCGUCGUGCAUAGCAUUAGGCGCGGGGGCGUGGCGCGAAUCCAGGUUGCGUCGUUUUUUGGCUUGAAGAGAAGAAAGCCGCUUCAAACUCUAACUCACUACACCAGCCGGCGGCCGGUAUUGGUAUUACUCCACUGGCGAGACGGGGUCGGAGAGCAACACUCUUGGUGUGCGUUCUUUUCAGGGUGGGGCUGCGGCAUUUUUCACAAACAUACCUUGGAGGAGGAGCGGAAGGAUUACGUCUUGGAGAAUCGUUAGUAUAAAUAUGAGGUGGUCAAUUUUUGAUACUAGUGAUUUGGUAGUGCGCGAUAUUGAAACUCGUGCGCGUGCGCAUGAUGUCGGCACUGUGUGACCAGCUGCUUGCGGCUGUGUAACUGGUUUCGUCCCUACGUAAAGCAUAUGAAAGACGACGCUGAUGCAGGAACAGCAGCGCUCGCUGUUUUGGGCUCUGCGCACACAUGAAGUUUUUUUGCGUUCUAGUGCACGCUCGCGCUUUUGCUGUGGGGGUGACCGUGAGUACUUCGAAGUAUUUGCAGCGGGCGGCGCUUCGUCGCGAGGCAAUAGCAGAACUUAGUUGUCGUCUUUUUCGCUUCCGAGGAAACUCUCAAAGGAGGUUCAAAGCGAAGAAAAGACUGACAGUUUGCGCCAGCUACAGGUGCACUGUUUCUUCUCCACAGGUCAAGCAACAUAGUGACAAGAUGCAACAUUGACGUGCCUCCGGGGAAUGGAACGUAAGGCGCGCAUGUGCAUUUUUAGCGCUUCGCCGCUGCCGCGUCCGCGUCGGCAUCACACCCCCAACCGUCGUUACUGCUUCCGAGGGAGCCUCAGCGUGACGCCCCCGCAAAACGCUCGGUCGCGGAUUAGUGAUGCACGCAUAAGAGCCCGCCGCUCAUGGAGACAAAUGAAUCCGCAAGAAGGGCGCGUGUAAAAAUGAACGAAAGGGUCCGCAGCUUCGGGGCCUUUCUCGCUCUUUAGACGGGGACGUGGCAUAGAGGUACUAGCGCAAUUCUGUUUAUGUUACCGAAUUUGAUACGGUGAAGACAAUCAACAACGCAGAGAAACGCGGGCGAAGUGAAUGCUGGCCAUCUUUGAUGUAGAACGGAACUAGGCCUAGUCUUAGGGCGUUUCUCGUUGCAGUCAAUCUGUGGCGACUAACGCAACAGCCUGCGGGGGUAAAAAUUCGGUGUGGAGGGACAAUCAAACUCUGUCUUGAAGCACCAUGAAACUUCGUACAUCAGACCACAUUCAUAGUGAUCGUCACAUUACGACUACAGACCGGGACUCACAAUGGGAAUGGGCCUCAUAUUCAUUCAUCUCGAUCAACAUCCUGACUCAAAAUUUGGCCAACAAAUUUAGCCCGUGAUUUGCAUGAGCAUUCAAUUUAGGUCGGUGGGAAUUUUGUUUGGCUGAAGAUCCUGAAGGAGGAUUUCAUAUCUUGGCCUACAGUUUAUCGAAAAGGAGGAGCGGAGUCAUGCGCUUUUUUUUUCGCGCUUUUCUUCGCUUGUAUCCUGGUGUGGGUAGUUUGCACAGCUAUUAUCACCUUUUCCUGCUAGUGCUUAGCGUCGAUUGAUUCUCAUGAAAAGUUCACCAAAAAUUCACCACCUCUAACGCUAGCACGUGUUUACAAGCUGGAUAGAUAGCAGCAUAUGCGGCUCUUGGGUUGGAACUUCCCCCGCACGUACCAUAGCAAAUAGUGUCCCCAUCUCCGGCCACCUUGUUCAUCUUCCCCGGCUAUUAAACUAGAAUUGGUCUGGUCGAUCAUUGCAUGAAUAUAUAAAUAUGUUAUAAAAAGAAAAGCAGAAGCCCACAUGAGUAGUACCAGUAGAAAAUGAGCAGAAGCGAUUCAUUGGCGUAUGUGAAUCAGACUUGUGACGAGGCUCUGAGCCCAGUAUCAGUUUCAGAUGUUGGAAUUAAUUUCGGUUCGGGACGAGGGCACUUUUCAAUCACACAACGGAUCAUUCGUGCCUGCGAGGAAUGAAGAUUUGGGCGUGGGGAGGUAUGAAGGAAUGUAAGAAGUGGCAUUGGACCGUAAUUCCAUUUCAACGUGUUGUUCAGCUGCUUUUCUAUUUUUGAUUGUUUUGAUGUCGAAAUAUUUUCGCUAAGACAAUAAGUCAGCAUUUGCAGAAAGUUUUCCUCUUGUUAACACCUUUCACCUUUCACCCUGAAAUCAAAAAGUUUUACUUAAGCUUUACAGACGAGGUCUCGUUUCCGCUUUGCGGAAGAGGACGAUAAAAAGCGUUGAGUACAUUUCAUGUUCGGAGAUAGUUGAAUGCUCAGUGUGUAUGGAGCAUCUCACUUUUUAUGCACAUUUUCGCUAGACCUCAGAGCCCUUCGCCCCGUGAUUACCUUUGCAAAACGCUUGAACUCUACACAUUUGGAUUUUUGUCGUGGUCUUGAGUUGUAAAACAUAGAGAAUCUGUAAAAUAUUUGUAGUAGUCAACGCCCGGGUGCUCGACGCUCCUGUCGCAUUCCCGUUCUCGAGCAAGGGAAGCGCUUCAUUCCUCCGUAUCAUCGCACAGGUUGAGAUGGUCUUUAUGGUGUAUGAAAAAA